UUUCCGUAGAUACGGAAACGGGACUUCAUUAAAUUCUUGUCGAUUGCAAGUUUUGAUUAUUAAUUUCAUUAAAGAGGCAAAGUGAUUUUAUUGACAGAAAUUAAUAAUUGCAGCAUACAUCUGGCCAUUUAGAUUUAUCUUAAUCAAGAUUACCAAUGCAAAGCAAAUUAUUGCUUAUUGAAUUUUCGUUAAAGGAAAAUCAUGACUGGAUAACAGCAAGAUUCUACGACUUACCUGUGAACUGACAAUCAAAACAUCUCUUUUAAGACUUCGGAAGAGACAAAUCGAAUUAUUCCUGUAAUUUGACGGAUUAAAUGUUCUGUAACUCUAUACAAUUUCAUUGUAAGAUUGUUCAAGUAAAUAAUUGAUGAGGUAUAAACGCGCAUAUAAGAAUGAAUAGAAAUCAUCAUAAAUAUGAGACCAGGGAAACAUACUAUAACCGUGUGCCACUACGAAAACAUACAUCUGUAAUGUCUAAAUUAGAAGUGGAUUCUAUCUCACUGAAACCAUCGAUAAAUGACAUACAUUGUAGGGAGGUUAAAAGUGGUCGUAGUAUCAAAGGGAAUAAAAAGGGAGUUUUCCCAAGUAUUAAAAGUUCCGGACUGAUAAUAAAUAGCAGAGAUGAUCCUUAUACGUCGAAUAGAUUAGCAAAAUGGAACAGUGUAUACAAACGUGUAAUGGUGGUUAAUAGAUUACCAAAACCAACCAAAAGGACAACAAAGAGAAUAUCAUCAGGAAGACCUCUUGUCAGGUUCCGAAGGGCAGUUAAAAAUGUACAGACUCUACUUAAAGCUACAGUAAUAAACAAUGGACAAAACUCUCGCAAUGAAGGCAAACUGUUUUCCUGGGCACAAGACUUCAUGUCUACCAGACGUGAGUUUGAGAUGCAUGGAUUAAGUUUCGAUCCAGCAGACUAUAAAGCCAGACGAGAAGCAUGUCUCAGCAACGAAGCAAAGACAGUGUUGUCAAUGGACCCUGACGAAAGAACAGAGGAUCACCUAAAAAUUGCACUUCUAGCGUUAAACCAAGCAGUAAAUGCAUUCAGUGAAUUUCCAAUCACCAUGCAAAGAUCUUUAGUUCGUGUCGGUUGGUAUGAACACUUUGAAGACAAGCGUGUUAUUAUUAGACAAGGACAUAUGGCAGACAACUUCUACUUAAUCAUCUCAGGAACAGCUAUUGUAACUAUUAUGGACACAGAACAAAGUGUACGGACAGCAGCCGUUCUGACUAAAGGCAACAGUUUUGGGGAGUUAGCUUUAAUGCACGGAUCAAAGCGAACAGCAACUGUUACCUGCAAAAACAGUGUAGAACUAUUAGCUGUUGGUAGAGAUGACUUUAUAGAUAUAUUCAUGCCAAUUACCAAAGAUCAAGAACCAGAACAUAUACGCUUCCUCAGAUCCAUUAAUAUACUGCAUGGAUGGCCAAUAGAAUGUCUUCCUUAUCAUGAUCCAAAAAUAUGCUGCUUUACAUUUUUCAGACGUGGAGUAUUGUUAUGUAAAGACAGCAAUAACAGUGAAUGGGUCUAUAUAAUCAAAACAGGCAACUGUAGAGUGUUAAAGAGCUUACAUCCAACCAGACCUACAAUUCCUAUAUCUGAACAUGAUAUCAAAAAUUCUCACGAUAUUAUAAAGUUACCCCCAUUGAUAUCUCCCCGGUCGAUAUCGUCGUGUAAUACCUCUGUGUCAAUACAAAGUUCGUUAUCACACACCUCACACUUGUCUUCAGCGUCGCGGAAAAAGAAACGACGACGAUGUACUGUAGAUAGUCUUAUACAUAUUUUACAUAGUACCAGCGACAGUCCUCAUCUAAAUCUGGAAGAACACAAAAAGGAAGUAGAGAUGUUAUAUGAUAAACUGCAUAAUAACUUUGAUCGACGUGGAAAGCGAUAUUCAAAAGUUUUUGAAAAAUUAGAGAAGAAAGUAGAUAAAGAGAACAUAGUUGAAGAAAAACUGUUUGUUCAAAUACAGAACCUUGGUCCAAAAGACGUUUUCGGGUUAGAGCAAGUCGCAUUUGGAAUGAUAAGCAACACAACAAGUACGAUAUUAGUAUCAGAUGGUGCUGAAUGUAUACUGAUUAACAAGAAAUAUUUCCAACAACAUCUGAAUGACGAAGGAGCCAAACGAUUAAGACGAACUCUUCAACCUUUACCGUCAGAAGAAAGCCUACAACAGAAACUUCAGGAUAAAACAAACUGGGAGGCAUACAAAGCAUUGACAGUCAUAGAUCAAAUAUUGUAUAAAAGACAGGUUCAAAAUACAGAUUCCUUGUUCUACUGAAUACUCAAAA